GAAAAUGAGCAGAAUCCUACCCUGGCCUUAUAUCAGCAAGACAGGAAUUGUUUCACAAAGGCAGCUAAAUCUGUGGACCUGAGACAGGGCAGGCAGCCAUUUUGAAUGAUGCAGCAGCCAUUAUGAGUGAUACAACAGCCAUUUCAUAAGUUUAUUGGUGCAUUUUGGAGAUUUACAGCCAUUUUCAUUCUGACGACAAGCCAUUUUAAAAGUGUGAUCUUCAAUUGGACAACGAAAUUCAAACGAAAGCCUCAUGAAUGUCAAGCAAAAACAAAACGUGAUAAAUCCUUCAUACUUCAAUUGAAAAACUGAUAAACGAAAACCAAGACAAGCUGUUGAAACUAUCUCAAGGAAUGUCUGCAGAUGGGGAUACAGUGCACAAAAGAAUUCAAAGAGAACAGUGUAUAGAGAAAAACUGGACAAGAAAAAUGUCAUGAAGCAAGCAAAUAACUGCACCCCAGUUUACUAAUUAACAGUUCAAAAACAUGAGUACACUUUGAGCCCUGCAAAAUAUUUUAACUUGUUGAGCAGGUGAGUGCUAUUGAAAGCUUUUUGCUCACAAGCCCCCAGAGCACAAGGGGAUGGCUCUGCACAGUUUCAUUCUCUGGGUCUCACUAGCCUCGUUGAUGAAUGCUGCUGGUGUUUAUGGUGACUGCUGGCUCAUUGAAGGGGAGAAAGGGUUUGUGUGGCUGGCCAUUUGUAGCCAAAACCAACCACCAUACGAAUCCAUUCCUCAGCACAUCAACAAUACCAUAGUGGACCUCCGGCUGAAUGAGAACAAGAUCAAAAGCGUCCAGUAUUCCUCGCUCAGCAGGUUUGGUAACCUGACAGAACUCAAUCUGACCAAGAAUGAUAUUUCUUACAUUGAGGAUGGAGCCUUCUCUGCUCAGUACAACCUGCGUGUUUUGCAACUGGGAUUCAAUAAACUUCGGAACAUCACGGAGGGAAUCCUGCGGGGGCUGGGCAGGCUUGAAUACCUCUAUCUCCAGGCCAAUCUCAUUGAGGUGGUGAGCCCCAAUUCUUUUUGGGAAUGUCCCAAUGUAAUGAACAUCGACCUUUCCAUGAACCGGUUGCAAACCUUGGAAAGUUCUACCUUCCUGGGUCUCAGCAAACUCACCACUUGUGAACUCUACGGCAAUCCAUUUUAUUGUUCCUGUGAUCUACUGGGCUUCUUGAAAUGGCUGGUGCAGUUCAACAACACCACCAGGAGUUACGAUCGGAUGCAGUGUGAAUCUCCGUCUCGUUAUGCAGGUCACGCAUUGCUGAGCCAAAGCCAGACACAAAGUGCAUACAGCUUGCUGGUCUCAACAUGCGACGACAUCAACACCUUUGACCCCAAGUUCAUGCCUACCCAGAUGCCCUCAACCUCAACCACCUCAGACAGCCCCUGUGGAGCUGAAGACUGCUCCUCAGGUGAUGAUCCCACUCCUAUUAUAGCCUUUCACUCCCCUACCCGUGAAACACGUUCACCAGCAAUAAAGGUGGAACAGGUUACCUAUACAAGUGCCACCUUGUUGGUGCAGAUCCCCCGGCCAUUCAGUAAAAUGUACAUCCUGGUGCAAUACAACAACAGCUUUUAUGCAGAUAUAAAGACGUUGCAAACAGAACAAGAGGUAAUUAAGCUGGAUAGGCUCCAGCCCCAUACUGCCUACACAUACUGUGUGGCUUCUAUCCGGAAUGCCUUAAGAUACAAUCAAACCUGUGUCACGUUCUCUACAGGAAGUAACAAGACAAGAGGCACUGUGCCCCCACCUUCAACUGCCACGCACUAUAUUAUGACUAUCCUUGGCUGUCUCUUUGGGAUGGUCAUAGUACUUGGCCUGGUGUAUUACUGCCUGCGCAAGAAGAGACAACAAGACGAAAAGCACAAGAAACCUGGCAGCAUGACAAAAACUGCUAUUGAACUGAAGUAUGGGGGGGAGAUGGAAGCCAGCGCUAUCUCUCAAUUAGUCCAGAAACCAAUGCCAGCCUGUGAGGCUGCACCCAGGAUGCCUUUCCUGCCAUCGUCAGGGGAUACAGAGUCACAUAAGCUUCAAGAACUGAGUGAAACACCCAAAACCACCAAGGGCAACUAUAUUGAGGUGAGAACAGGGGAGCAUUCUGAUCGGAGAGACUUGGAAGGAGUUGGACAGGGCCGGAGUCCUGCCACAGAGAUCUCGACCAUUGCCAAAGAAGUGGAUAAGGUGAACCAGAUCAUCAAUAACUGCAUUGAUGCACUGAAAUCAGAGACUGGCUCUUUCCAAGGAGGAAAGGCUGGGGCCAUGGCCUCAGUGGAUCCUCAGGUGCUAAUGAUCACUGAGCAACCCCAGAGCAAACCUGGAUUCCUGUUGCCGAUUUCAAAGGAGAGUUACCAUCCACUGCAGAGGCACAGUAGUAUUGAAGCCACCCCGAAACGCCCCAGCACCUCCUCCAGUGGCUCUGCAAAAAGUCCCAGAUCCUUCCACUCUGACACCUCGGUACCAGGGCAUGCCUGCAGAUCCGAGGCACAGUACAUCGAGAAGGCCUCUCCGAUCGCGGCUAGCAGUCCAGCCGCAGUCCCACGGACACAGCAGCGCAGCGAGCACCGCCACACAUAUCCAGGGCGGUGCCAGGUUGAGCAGGCACAGCCAGAGGGACCAAUCAGUCGCAGCAAACCCUCCAUCCUAGAGCCACUCAGCCGGCCCCGGCGGGAAAUGCCAUACUCCCAACUCUCGCCUCAGUACCAUAAUCUCAGCCACACAUCCAGCCCAGAGUAUAGCAGCAAGCCUCUGGGAAUCUGGGAACGCUUCAGACUGCACAAGAAGAGGCACAAAGAAAGUGAGGAAGAGUACAUGGCAGCGGGACAUGCCCUGAGGAAGAAGGUGCAAUUUGCCAAGGAUGAGGACCUGCAUGAUAUCCUCGAUUACUGGAAGGGUGUCUCCAAUCAGCACAAAUCUUGAGUCCUCCAACUAUUAAGAGACUAAAAUUGGACCAAAAAAAACACAAAAACUUUACAGCUGCUGUUUUUAACCUGACCAGCUCUACUGUUCUUAUAAACUUUAGCCUCUCUCAUAAGUUUGUGCACCAAAAUCCUCCAAACUGAAUUCUAAAACCUGUACAAAGAAUUUCUGUUUCUUUAAUUAUAUAUAUAAUAUAUAAAUACAUAUAUAAAGGACACCCAGAAGCCUUGGAAUAUUGGAUGUUAUUUAUCGCAUGACUCUGUCCUGUGACUGUGACUCACUGUAGUGUACAUGGGGCAUUGUUCGUUGUACAAUGUACACUGUGACUGGACUGUGUCGUGUAAUUGUAGCUCACACACCGCUCACACCUUGCAUUGUACAGUAAUAUUUACCAGUAAGAUCUCCCCCUUUACCGCUGCAGAUCUGUACAGAUAAAUUUCUAUAUUUGCAAUGAUGUUUCUGGAUUCUUUUGCCUGUUUGUAUCAGGUUUUAAUUUUAGUCAGAUUUUACAGAACAGCCUAUUUGUUUCCCAGUGAAUGUCUGACAACUGACCCUGAGCAUUGUAUAAAACUGGACUGGUGAAAGAAAUCAACUGAGUGGUUUCUUCUGACACAUUCUCUUUCUGUCUCAUUGGUCAUGUCAUUGGCUCUCUCAGAGAGAUUAAUGUCUUUGCUGCCAAUGGGACACAAAACUCACCAUAUCCUUAUGGGGGUCAGGCUGGUUCUGUCGGACGUGGCGUUAUAAAGUUUAGCUAAAUCGGAAAACAUAAGUGAAGCUUUUGGAGUACUGUUCAAGGUCCUAAUCUUCCUAUUCUGAAAAGGUUAUAGAUGUACUGGAGAAGGUGAAAAAUUAAUUCACACUGACAAUUCCAGAACUGAAAUAAAGUCCUGUACUUAUUAGGAAAAGCACAACAAGCUGGAACUUUUUUUUCUGGAAAAUAAAGGGUUGUGAGUCACCUGAAAAUGAAUAAAAAGUUUGAUAGGUUGGACUUAGGCUAGGAAGAAAUGUUUCAACUUACUGAAGAGGCCAGAAAUAAGAUCAUAAAGAGAAUAAAUCCAAUCCCAGAGAGCAGUUAGGUCAUGCUACCAUGUAGUCAUAGACCUGAAUAGCACAGAUACUAUGGACAUCAGAAAAGGAAGAUAAGACUGCAAGUAUGUAUUGAUACAGUUAGGUGAAGAGGAGUGGAAGGAGGCUUGUGUGGAACAGAAAGCAACAUACACCUUUUGUUUCUGUGCUGUAAAUAACUUGUAAUAUUUUGUUAUACACCACGUCUAAUUUUGUUAUGUGUUGGAUUUCACCUUUCAGCUGUGCCAAAGUUAAAUUUAUCCCCACACUCUCUCCCAGUGGUUAUUGUAUGUAGUCUUUGUAAAGUAAUUGGAUUAACAAAUAUUACCUUCGGCACAGUUUCUAAGUGUCACAAUGCCCGUGUAUGUAAAUAUUGGAAAAAAGCCUGCAACUCUUCCUGACUCUGUGAAUGAAGAAAGAAAGAAAGGACUCCUUUCAGUUAUACAGUGCCUUUCACCACCUCAGGACAUUCCAAAAUGCCAAGUACUAUUGAAGUGCGGUUACCGCUGUAAUCUUUGAAACAGCAACAAUUUGCACACAGCAAGGAUCCGCAAAACAGCAUGAGACAAUAUCAAGAUAAUUCUUUUUUAGUAAUGUUGAUUUAAGGGUUACACAUUGACAAGAACUCCAGGGAUAGCUCCUCUGCUGUUCCACAAAAUAAGCCAAUUGGGAUUUUUAGGACCCACCUGUGUUUAUUGAUGUAUGAGCAUGAUGGCUGAACCUUACAACUGCCUUUCUGAACCAGUCACUCAGCCUACUGAAUCAAAAGGUUAUGCCUCUAAACUCUACUUAUGAUCUUCCUUUGGAUCAAAUGUUAAACCAAGAUCUCAUGUUUUGAGAUUCAGGUAGAUUCGAAUGAUCGAAUGGCAGUAUUUAACUAAGAACAUGUGCGUUCUGUUUGUCUCCUUCAAAAAAAACCUAAAAAACAGAUUAGUUGUUUGUUUGUCUCAUUGCUAGCUGUGGGAUCUUACUGAGCCUAAAAUUGUACUGUUAAAAACAAUUGGGAUAGAUUUGCAUUAGUAUUAAAUGAGUUACUUCAAAGGAAAAACAUUUGGGAGAUUUACAAUGUGCAGCCAGUUUUAGACUAUCAUGAAGAGUUAUGACCUGCUUGUGAGAUGUUUGUGAAAAGUGAUAAGGCACAACAGAGAUCAAUAGGAUAGCACAGGGUCAGACCAUACCACUGUGUUGAUUUGACUAGCCCAGUUUCUAGGAGAUAAUCGUAUCCAUGGUAGCUCUCAGAGCUUCCCAUCAAAUAUUUUACCAGGAACACUCUUUGACAGACUAUUACAUAUUCAUUAGUCUGUGUAAAAGUCAAAACUCUUUAGACCUCCUUUCUUCUAAUGUUCUCUUGAACAAUCUGUAAUUGUGUGGAACAUAAUGUUGCUUAUCUUGUCUAUAUUCUGUAAAAAUAAAACUUCACGUCACCUUCUUUCUAUUUAAACGUUGUUUCCUUAUCUCUAUUUUAGCAAUUUUGCAUUAAUUAUUGCUUUCUUGAACUUUCUUAUUCUCUGCUAGGUUCCAAGUAUACCAUCGUGCAUCUUCUAUUCACUUUCCAUCUUUACUUCAAUCCUAUUAAUUCUUUCAUAGGGUUGGAAAGACCCUUCACCUUCCUCAGUCUUCCCUUUAUCCAAAAGGAGACUUUUUAAAAACUCAAGCACCUCAUCAUCUUGCUACAAAUCAGUAAAACAAAGAAUUGUGGAUGCUGGAGCUCUGAAACACACAAAACAGAAACUGGAGAAACUUCCAGGUUU